ACACCAAGUCUAAUGUUAAGUGUGUAACCUAUUAGGAGGCAUGUGUAGGCAGAAAUGGUAUUUUAUCUCUUUCUAGUUGUUUCAUAAUCCUAAAGGUUAAAAACAAACACAUUCAGGGUAGAAAAAUACCUGUAUAUGCUUCUAUAAACAGGCAGUGUUGUUCCUCUUAAUAUGGAAAGUACCAUAUUACACCCCUCUUCUGGAUUCCCCAGUGUGUUUAAGUGUUUUUUGUUUAGUUUUUUUUCUAUUCAGAAUAAAAGAGGCAUCUAUCACUAAUGUAAAUAGAACAUGUGGUCUAAAAAGUUAGAGAAUUCCACUCAUUUAAAGCAAAAAACAUCUCUUUCCUCUUCAAUGUUGUGUACUUCUGCUCUUUAAUUUUUUUUAAUCACAAUUAAUAUGUUGACAACACACUUGACAUAGUGUUUAUUCUGUUCAGCAGAAUCUAUUAUCUGGACUGAUGUGAUCUCAGAGCUUGGCACAGUUUUGGAUAUUAUGUAAAAUGGAUGCAGAUGUUUUCAGUUUUGGGGUUCAUGUGGAAGCAACACUGAAUUAACUGGGACUUUAAAGCUUUACCUUACUUUAUGAGCUCCGAUUGACCUUUAAAGUCCAAUUACUAGUAAGUUAACAGUUGUACAUUUUUUAAGCUGAAGUUGAAAUGAAAAUACUUUAUAUACACAUUAAAUUAAUAACUGAUCAAAAUAAGCUUUAAGGUCAGUCAUAGAAACUAGAUUCAAGUAUUGUAUAAUAAACUGUAAAAACACAAAUUGUGAAAUAUUUUGAGCAACUGUGACUAUUCAACUCUUUGAAGUCGUGCAUGAAACCAUUCCCUAAAGAUGAUUAAUGAAUAAUCCUACUUUUUAGGUUUUUGAGGAAGUGAAACCUGAAACUUUUUUUUCAAAGUGCCUAACAAUUUUCUCUGAAUUUAUUGGAGAAUUGGUUCUGUUAACCUUAACCAGCAUGUAGAAAGGCAGAAAAGAUUUUUGAGACCCAAUAAUAAUACAGCUCUCUGCCAAGUGUUCAAGUUUUGUGGAAGUACCUUUCACAUAGUUAAAGAUAUGACGGGAACAUUUGAUUUGUACAUAGUAUGUGUGAGAAUUAAAACAUGACCAAAGUGUUAGGUAAAGGUCUAGUUAAGUCAUAGCUGACAUUUGGCCUACAUGACUAAUGAGAGGGAAAGUCCUGUUUUCUGUCCGUCUUUCCUUUCCGGUGUAAUGUCGUGCAUGUUUUUGAGGUUUUGGGAGCAUGACAAUGAUAAUAUCAUGGGGGGAAACCUCUAAAAGGAGAACAGUUUUGGUCUGUCUUGCUUGUCUGAUCCAAGAAAUGUUAGAUCAUUUUUUGGUAUUUCAGUCUGGAAUUACAAUUAAGACAGUGUAAAAAUAAGCAGCUAAUAAAAAGAAAUGUUCCACUUAUGUUUUGCAAUUAUGUUGGAUUAAUCUCACAAUAUGUUUUGCAAUGAGCUGAGUAAUCAUUCUGAGUGCAAAGAGUGAGGAAAUAUCGGAAAUAGCUUGUUCUCAUAACCUCUCUAUGACAUUUCGUAGCGGCUUGUUUUGUGAGAAACGCUACAAAAACAGUCAUUUACUGUGGAUCAUGGAUUUCUUAACAUCAGUGGUAAAGUUUAAGGACUCAGCGUGUGAUUCAGAGCAAUACAGAAAAACUGCACCCUUUAUCCCAGUUUUGUCUGAUCAGGUUAGGGUGGUUACUAGUCAUAAAUGUCACAUUUAUUCUGCUUUAUAUAUUUUUUGAAUCAUAAGUGACUGAUAUAUUUCUGCUACCAGCUGUAUUUAUUAAUGUCAAUAGGGUUAAACCUGUUCUCAAAAGACUUUGAAUUAAAAAAUGUUGUUUUAUGUUAUAGUAUUACAUUACCUUUUGAUGACUGAAAGCUCAGUGCUUCUUUGUUCUAUUCACAGGUUGCAUAGAGCGAUACCAAGGAGUGCUAUUGCCCCACAUUUACAGCCUGGUUAUAUAAAAAAAACCCAACAUAAAAACUGAAAGUUGAGAAGCAGGAACCAGUGUGUCUGUGUGCGUGUUAGCACAUAAAGAGCCAACCAAGAAAAUGUUUGGUCGCAUUAAUAUUGAACAUAAAAUGUGUUGUGUGCCCUGUUUUUGUGAUUGCAAAAGUUUUUUUAAAAUUAUUUUUUAAAUCCAUUAUCAGAUAAGCACUUAUCAAAAAUUGUUUUAUACUGCUGUAUUUCACCUUAAAGGCUGAGGGCAACCCCCCACCCUACUGAACACCCACAUUUCUUAUCUUUUAGUCCCCUGUACGAAACUCACAGCUUCGCUGUGUAAAAAAAUUUGACAUGCAAAACAGUAUAGAGGAAAUGUGCAUACUCUUAUCACUUUACUAGAUCGGUCAGUUUCUCUCUCCCAAAGUGUCACAUUGGAGGUGGAGGUGUCGAUGAUGUGUAUCGUGCAUUGCAAUAUAAGGUUGUUGCUCUGUGGGCAGUUAGACCAUACAAUCAUCAAGAUCGCUGUGACAGAACGUCUGCACUUUUGCUUUUGACAUCACUUCAGGGUGAGUUCUUUUCCAGAUAUAAAUCUAUCUAUCUGUCUAUACAUAUAUAUAAAUUAAAUUCUAGUGAGUUUAAUUUCAUAUCUAUACUACAGAAUAAGAAGCAAAUUACCUAUUUUCAGUGCAUUUUUUCAACUAAAUUAACUUUGAGCCAAUUGAAUGUUCUAUGAGUCACUUUAUAUAUUGUUUCACUAAAAAUCACACGAUACUUAUUUUAAUGCAAGUAAUGAAUUGUUUUUCAAUAAAUGCUUUUUGCUGUCACACAAUUCCUCAGAUGACCUUUUCACUGUGGACAUUUGGGCUUCUAAUGAUCAGCCUCACAGGAGCUCACGAACUCAACCACUUUCCAGAAAACUUUGAGGUGGCAAAAAGGGAUGAAGAAUACACACUGACCUGCAAUUCAAAACCUGACGACAUCGUCACAUGGAAGCUGAAUGGCGAUCCACUGGAAGAUGACGAAAAUGUAAAGCAAAAUGGUACAAAACUGACCGUGUUAGAUAUAGACACACCAAGUUUGGGUAACUACAGCUGCUGGAGAGGUGAAAAGAUGCUAUCCUCAACCUAUCUGCUGCUAAAGGUUGAUGAAGAAGACACAGUUGAUUCUCUCAUUAACUGUCGGGCAAAGUCUUAUGACUGUAACUUCAACUGCACCUGGACAGGCAAUGGAUACACAGCAGUGCGUCUUGGACUGGGUCAUAACUGCAGUAAAAGUUCAAAGUCCUGCCAGUGGAUUAGUAGCAGUCGGCAGCUCGCAGAGGGGAAAUUGCAGUUUGAGAUGUAUCACGACCUCUCACCCUACGCAGAGGAAAGCACCAUGCUUGAAGUCACUGCUGAGGCUAUAAGUGAUUUCUCCAUUUUCAGGACAUCCAAGAGAUUUUAUCUCAGAGACAUUGUUCAACCUGAUAGUCCCCAGAUUGUCAAGUGUCAGUUAGUGAACGAGGACGUGAAUGUGACCAUUGAUCCACCAUCCACCUGGUCAGAACCUUACAGCUUCUUCGGUCUGGAGCACGAAAUUGAAUAUGUGCUUAGAGAUGAUGGCCAAACUGAACGUUCAUCAUCUACUCUGAUACCGAAGAAAAUCAGCAAGCUCAGGGUUCGCUCCAGAGACUCACUGGUGCUCUCCAACUGGAGUCAGUGGACUCCCUGGAAAAAUGUGAAAACUGGAACAGAUCGACUAUGUCGAUGCAAAAACACGGAAAAAUAUUGUUGUCCAGAGUUGUCGCUUGAGGUUUUCAAUGGAUGCAAGAAAGAGAAGAGAAAAUGCAAGAAGCACGCUAACUCAAGUGGGAAAUAUCCACAAUAAAACAUGGACUGUGAUUGACAGUGUUGUAGUGUAUACAUUUGGUGAGAGUAGAUUUAUAUAUGAAAUGUAAUUACUAAAUCAUACUGCAGAUUGUAAGGAUUUUAUACUUGAUUUUUUAAAUGUAUAAAUUACAUGACAUCAUCAAAGAAUUCCUUCACAAACCAAAUAUCCUUCAUUUACCAGUUAUGGAGAUAUUAAACCCUUAAAGAUUUGCUAACACUUUUUUUGAAAAACCUUUUCUGUAUUUAAGUUUAUUCUUAUUGUUAUUUUAUAUAAUUAUAAUUAUUAGCAUGAAGGGGUGGUUUGUGGGAUUUAGUUGUCUUCAGAAAAAACAAAAACCUCCAUGUCCGACUUUGAAAUAAUUUUUUUUAAUCCUAAUAGUA